GGUAGAUACAUCAAAUAAUGGUGCUAUAAACUUGUUCUGCAACCUGAAAAGUUCUUUCUACAGCGUGACUGCAUGUCGUUUCAUAAGACCCGGUGAUAAGGCUGGUUACAGAAUGACAGAAGGGGUUGGAAAUAACAAAUAUGUUUAUUUUGGAGAUGGUAUAAAGAAUAAUGAGUGUGGUAUAACUAUUUUUAAACCUGAAGGUGUGGAUUAUGGAUCUUGGCAGUGCAUGCUCAUCAUCACUUCUAACCAUGAUGAAAAACUUAUGACAUCUUUUAUUACUGUAGAAAGAGAAAAUUCGUCAUCUACAAAAGGUCUACAAAAUGUUGCACAUGAUGUAAGGACUAUUACACAUAUUUUUGGAAGGAAUGCAACCAUUUUCUGCAAGGUUGAUAGGAACCUUAGGAGCUGUACACUUCUUUCACCAACUGGAGAACUUUUUACUGGUGAUGUUAGUUAUGUUCAUUCAGGGAAGUGUGUGUCUCCAGUUAUAGAGAUGAAAGAGGAACAUAAUGGUGAAUGGAAAUGUUUCAUGACACUAGACACAGAUAUGCAAGGCAUUACAGAAACAGUUAAUGUUAUUGUCACCAAGAAUUUUGUGGCACCUGUGGAGUCAGCAGUGUAUGCACCUCUAGGAGAAAGGGCAGUCAUGUUGUGCAAAAGUUUGCUGAAAGAGACAAGUUUUUCAUAUUGUUGGUAUAAAGAGCCUAGUGGCUUAUUAAUUAAUACCCGGGAAGAUCUUUUGGAGACAUACAGUUAUUAUGGAGCUGGUACUGAGUAUGGUGAAUGUGGCAUUGAAAUAAAGCAUGUUGGUCCACAACAUAUUGGCUUGUGGAAAUGCAUGGUUGCCCUUGAAGAAGAAGAAUAUGAAGUGAAAGCUGAAGGCAGUAUAAGUCUCAAUGUUUCCGAUUUCAGUACAGGAAUUUUUCCCAGCUACCUAGAAAGUGUAGAGGGGAAUGUGGUGGUACUAAAACUAUUACACAGUAUGGAAAGUGUAAAUAAAUGUGAUCUCAUAACACCCAGUGGGAAUACGGUGGAUCUUCAACCAAACCAGCGUUUCCAAGUUGAUGCUGAUGUACAGGCAGAGUACUGUGGAAUAGGACUGGAGUCCGGAGACUGUGGAGUCUGUCUCCAUGGCCUUACACCAACAGACACUUUUGAGAUGUGGCAUCUGUCUGCAAAUAGCUCAGAUGGUAGUAGUGCUGAGGGACUGGCUUUUGUUUCUGUGUCAGCUUCCACAGAAAUGAAAAAUGCUUCAAAAGUAGUUGAAGUGCAACUAGGAAGCAACCUAACACUUACCUGUGGAGACAACAUUAGCAAAGAUUAUUGUGUGUUUCAAGGACCAAGGCCAGAAAUUUCAACUGGAAUAUUGACCUCAUGUGAAAUUUUACUGUCUCCAGUAGCAAAACUACAUUUAGGGAUCUGGACUUGUACAAUUGGCCUACCACACACAACAAAAGAAAUCCAAGAAGUUAUUACUGUAACCGACUUAGGUCCACAACUCUCAGCAAUGGUACAAGAUGAUGCUACAGUGUCUGAUAGUGUUAGUAUGCACUGCACCAUUCCCAGGAGCCUCACAUUCUGUCGCUUCAAACCUCCUUACAAUGAUUCAGCAUUUGUACUGUCUCCUGGUGUGAUCACAGGAAACUACAGCUAUGUUGGAGCUGGACUCAGUCAUGGUGAUUGUGGUCUGCAUAUAAAAAGCAUCAGUGAUUUUGACAUUGGCCCUUGGCAGUGUUCAGUAGGUUGGCAAGAAGAGGGCUCCUCACACUAUGCCUCUGUUAUUAUUGGACUGGGAAAUUCUGCCAAUGAAAAUGUGUCAGACAGCAAAAACGAAAUUCUGGCUGUUUUUGGUUCAAAACUAGAAGUUAGUUGCCAAGCUAACGUAAUUCUUGCAUAUUGUUGGAUGCACCAUCCCGGUGGAUCCCAGAUAGUGCCUGAGCAGGAUGAUGAUUUACUUUCAGUGGGAAAAUGCAAAAUAUCUGUUGAAACUACUAAUUAUUCUGACUCUGGUAUCUGGGAGUGUCAUAUGGGAGGCACAUAUUCUGCUGGUGAUGAGAUUAUCAUCUCAAGAUCUGUUUUCAUUUCAGGAACAAGAUUAUCAGCAGAAGAAAACAGUUUGUUAGUCUCCCCAGGAGUUACAGCUUACAUUACAUGCCUCUCAGUACCUCAGGGCUCAAGUCUUUCUUACUGCAGAUUCAUACGGCCAGAUGGUACAAAUAUACCUGCAAUCCCAGGGGUCAUGAAAGAAAAAUAUAUAUAUUAUGGUGAUGGACUGGAAAGUGGCAUAUGUGGUCUGCAGAUCAAUAAUCUGCAGAAUGAAGAUAUUGGUAAAUGGACAUGUGCAGCAGAAUUACAAGAUGAUAGAUCUGAAGCCACUGACAUCAUACAAAUCAACAUUAGUGAGACAUCUGUUGCUUCUGUGAGCAUUAUAGUUGUAGCUGUAGCUGUCAGUCUAAUUGUGGCAUCUGCUGGGGCUAUAUGGUGUGUAAAAAGACAUUACAAACGUUCUAAACAGCCUGUGCCUCCCAUUGUUUUCUCAGAACUUAAAGAGUCUGUCUCACAAUCUGAUACAGGCUCAUAUUUAUCCAGUGACAGCAGUUCACAAAGUGAAACACCUCAAAGAAUGAGUUUAAUACACAUUUAAUUCAGUGAGUUAGCACAUGACUACAGCUUUGUCAUGCUGUCUAAAUUUUGUACUGAAUACCUCGAUUCCUGUUAAGGAUAUUAUUAUUAUUAUUGUUAUUGUCAAUAUUAUUAUCAUCAUCAUCAUUAUGAUUACUAAUCAUUGGUCGUCCCACAUCCAGUGCUGGGUAAAGGUCUUUUCUAGACUUUUUCAUGUAUUACAGCCUUCAGCAUUAUUAUUAUGCAAUUGUUGAUGUAUCCAAGUUAACAGAGUUUAUAUUUUUCUUAAAAAUGUGUGCUGCUUGUCUUUAAAAAAUUGUGGCUCCAAAUUGAACCAAAUCAU